CACCACCUUCUUAACAACACCGUGCUUUUACUCACUGUUCAUUGUUUUUAAGCAUCUCUUUGAGGAGACGUCACAGUUUUCCCUCCGUAUUUAUUUCCAGAUCACUUUUCACUCAGUUUGUUCACAACGAGCAUGUUGGGACUGUUUAACCCGUUUAGUUCGGCUCACAGCAGAAACAUUUGAACGUUGAGUCCCACUAACAGACAAACAUGACGUUUGAUGCGUUUAAGGUUCCACAACCUUAAGAAGACGUUACGGUGAAGCACAGGAAGGAACCGCUGAUGAUGCAAAGCAUGCACAGUUUGCAUAAAUGAAGAAGUCAAGCCUCUCUAUUGCGGUUCGACCCGACUGUUAACUAUAAUAAAUAAUCCUCAUUAUCCAGAAACACCUGGUUUUAAAGAAUUGACCCAAUCUAGUCCUGUCCACACCGUGCACUUCAGAUGAGGAAAGAGAUGUUUAUUCAUUAUCUGCACACGUACGUCGUCAUUAAUCAAGAUUAUGAAAAAAUAAUCUUAUACAACAGACCUCCCCUAAACUCAAUGAGGAAAACAGACUCAUAACAAGAGAAAGCCUAAACCAUCAUCAUUUAGAAAAAUACAACAAAGAAUAAUGACAAGAAGUGCAGAAAAACAACCCGACCAGUAGACUGUGUUCACUGGAUUACAUGAAGAGCAAUACAGAGACAGAGGGACUCUCAGUCAGAAGAUCUUAUUCUCCAUAACGUCCACAGAGGUGACCAGAGACCAACUUAUGAUGAAGCAUAACUCUGCAAACAACGUGCAUAAAUGUAAAAACACCUCAAAGCAUCAGAAGAGUAAACAAACAGCAGAUACUCGUACAGUAAGAACCUUCCAAAUGAAUCAGCAUUGUAGACUCACUGGAACACAGUCUGUGUUAUGUAAUGAUUAAAGAUUCAUAUUAAUACCUUAAGAUUUAGAAAACACAAGUAGUGUGAUGUUUAUGUACUUAAAGGGAAAUGUAUUAUUAUAGUGAAGCACCUGUAACAGUUGGAAUACUUUAUAUUUCUGUAAUAAUUAUAUUUUACAUCAACAGUUAAUGUUAGAACAGUUAACUAUACUCUAUAUACAUAUUGAAUCAUCUUUGCAGUGCGUCGACCUUUUUAAAAUUGUUAAUCAACCGUCAAAAGUUUAGAUAACUGAAAGACAUCAUGUUCAAUAUCCUGGAGUAAUAAUUAGCUUCCUAUUGAUCUCACAUAUGCGUGUUCAGUGAUGUGUUGUGUGACCGUAGACGUUGGCGUACGGAGACAUGAACCACGAGUGGAUCGGUAACGAGUGGCUGCCCAGCCUGGGUUUACCUCAGUACCGCUCCUACUUCAUGGAGUCACUGGUGGACGCCCGCAUGCUGGACCACCUCACCAAGAAGGACCUGAGGGGGCAGCUCAAGAUGGUGGACAGCUUCCACAGGAACAGCUUCCAGUGUGGAGUGAUGUCUCUGAGGAGGCUCAACUACGACAGGAAGGAGCUGGAGAGGAGGAGGGAGGAGUCUCAGCUCGAACUUCAAGAGGUGCUGGUGUGGAGUAAUGAGCGUGUGAUCGGCUGGAUUCAGGCCAUCGGGCUGAAGGAGUACAGCAGCAACCUCUGCGAGAGCGGAGUCCACGGGGCGCUGCUGGGCCUGGACGAGACCUUCGACCACAACGCUUUGGCUCUACUGCUGCAGAUCCCCACGCAGAACACACAGGCCAGAGCGACUCUGGAGCGUGAAUACAACAGCCUGCUGGCCAUCGGCACAGACAGGAGAAUGGAAGAGGACGACGAUGAUAAGAACUUCCGGCGAGCUCCCUCAUGGAGGAAGAAGUUCAGGCCAAAAGACAUGCGGGGGAUGUCCUUGGGUGCGUCCGACACUCUGCCCGCCAACUUCCGAGUGACCGGUAGCGGCGGGGGGUCUCCCUCCAUGCAGCCAAAGAGGAGCCCGAUGGAAGGAAGUCAGUCUAUACAGAGGCUGGACACUGCCACAGUCAGGACCUACUCUUGUUAACACACAACGGUAAGCAUCAACUCUGCAAUAAUAGAAGUACACUCAAAGCACACACAGUAUGGCUGUUGCUUCACUGCAGAUUAGGGGUGGGGAAUCAAUACGGCACAGUAUCGCCAUAUUGUAUCGACACACAAACGCCAUAUAUCAAUCUUUUAUUAUAUAAACUCUUAAUAUUGCAAUUAGGGAUGUCGGGAUUAACCGGUCAACAAUAUGAGUCAGGUUUUAUAGAAAAUUACCAGAGAGUCAUGUGACCCUUUUAUUAAUAAAACGUUAUAUUGGCCGAUCGUCAUCGGCCAAUAUUCAGUAAAUAUAUGAGACCUGAAGCUCGACAUUGAUGCUUUGUAGUCACCAGUCUGAUGUUGAUGUCAUCUGUAAAAUGUAGUUUUGGUGAUAAACUAGAAUAAAUCCAGUAGUUUGAAGGAGAUGUUUUCACAUGAAUAUAAAUAGAUAUUAGAGAUGAACUAUGAGCUGUUUGACUUCAUAACACGAGCUCUAAGCUCAUUAUUAUACUUCAUUAAUAAUAAUAAUGAAGAGAUUUAUUUAUCAAUAAAAACACAAUCUUCUAUUUCAUUAGUUUGAAUUGUUUGCAGCGUAAAUUACUUUAACGAAAUAAAAGUAUAACAUUUAGAACUUUUUCAGAGCAGUGAAAUCAUUUUUGUGACGGAGAUGAAAACAAAUAAU